GCGGAACGAGGACGACUGCACCUGGUUAUACGUUGGCUCUUCAAAGACAUUCCCGUCAUCAGAGAAAUCCCUGAGCCCUUUGCAGUGGUGUAGACAUGUCCUAGAUAAUCCGACUCCGGAGAUGGAAGCAGCAAGGCGUUCCCUGUGCUUUAGACUGGAGCAAGCGAGCCGAUGGCGGAGUCUCUUCCCUUCAAAUGUCUCCCUGGCUUUUCCUUAUAGUCCUGUGGCAAGACUCAGCCCUUAUAGCAAUGGCAUUAAUACUCCCAGCUUCUCUAAAACCUCAAAUAAAGCAAUACUAACACCUGAGAGAACAGGUUACACGUCCAGGGGCUCCCCUCUCAGUCCCCAGUCAUCCAUAGACAGUGAGCUGAGUACUUCAGAACUGGAGGACGAUUCCAUCUCCAUGGGCUAUAAGUUACAGGAUCUCACUGAUGUUCAGAUCAUGGCUCGUCUGCAGGAAGAAAGCCUCAGGCAAGACUACGCUUCGACUUCAGCCUCCGUGUCGAGACACAGUUCCAGUGUGUCGCUGAAUUCGGGAAAAAAGGGGACGUGUAGUGAUCAAGAAUAUGAUCGAUUCAGCCUAGAGGACGAGGAGGAAUUUGAUCAUUUGCCACCCCCUCAGCCUCGUCUGCCAAGAUGUUCCCCUUUCCAAAGAGGACUUCCCCAUUCACAGACUUUCUCCAGCAUCCGGGAGUGUAGGAGGAACCCCAGUUCCCAGUAUUUUCCUUCAAAUAAUUACCAGCAGCAGCAGUAUUACUCACCUCAAGCCCAAACUCCAGAUCAGCAACCAAACAGGACCAAUGGAGAUAAGCUCCGAAGAAGUAUGCCUAAUCUAGCCCGGAUGCCAAGUACCACGGCCGUCAGUAGCAGCGUGAGUUCUCCAGUCACCGUGCGAAAUAGUCAGAGUUUUGACUCAAGCUUGCAUGGAGCUGCAAAUGGAAUUUCAAGAAUACAGUCUUGUAUUCCGUCACCAGGGCAGCUUCAACACAGAGUCCACAGCGUGGGACAUUUCCCGGUGUCUGUCCGACAGCCUCUCAAAGCCACAGCCUACGUGAGUCCAACCGUUCAAGGCAGCAGUAGCAUGCCUUUGUCCAACGGCCUGCAGCUCUACUCCAGCACGGGGAUCCCCACGCCCAGCAAGGCGGCGGCUUCGGGGGUGAUGGGCCGCAGUGCACUUCCCAGACCUUCACUGGCAAUAAAUGGGAGCAACCUGCCUCGAAGCAAAAUUGCACAGCCUGUUAGAAGUUUCCUUCAGCCUCCAAAGCCUCUGUCUUCACUCAGCACUCUGAGGGAUGGAAACUGGAGAGAUGGUUGCUACUGAAGCAGUUUUAUGGAGAAGAGCGGGAAAGAAGUGGAAAUGAGGGUCGUGUUGCCUAGCGGGCUGGGUGACAGCGGAUGUCGGGAUAUUCUUUCCCUUUUGCAUUUUAACAUAGUUACCGCAUUGUUUUUCAACGGACCAAGCACCAGAGACUAAUUAUUGCACUUACAUAUUUGCCUGAGAUACUGCAACGUUCAAGUCCACGGCUGCAGUAUUGUGACGCUUAGAGCUAGGAAGGUUUUGUAGAACUGCUAUGUACCUGAAUCCUUUUUGAGAGAAUUGAGAUGUAUCAAUAAUGCUUUCUUUGUCAUAUGAGUUUUUUUUUAAAGUAAUUUGUUCAAUUUACUUAUGUGUUCUAAACAUCUUCCCAUCACCUGUCUGUAUUUUAAUACACUGCGUAUUUACAACUAGGUUCUAUAACAUGCUUUGAAAUUUACUUUUUUAUAGUUUACAGGGAUUUUAUUUUUUGUGCCUAUUUCUUUUUACACCUAUGUGAACCACUAUGGAACAACUUAAAAUUUUGUGCCAUAAAAAUAUUUUUGUGGUAAGGUACUAUUUUUUUAGCUCUAGGGAUAUAUCAGCAAAAACCCAUCAUACAAUUUGAGAGACAUGGUUUUACGUUGAAGGAGCACAGUGCAGUCUGAAGCGCUGCAAAGGAGACCGCCAGACAGCAGAGCGAAAUGGUCUUGUCUUCAUUGUUAAUUUAUUGUCAUACGUGGGUUUCAUAUUUAUAACGACACCACGAGCUCAUUGCACUUCAUACCUGCAAUGUUUGCUACUGUACCACAAUUGAUUUUCAAUACUUUAUUACAGAAGAUGAAACUGUAAUGUUUUAUUAACAAUGCUUCUGGAAAUGAAUGCAUUUUAAAGCAAAUAAAUCUUUUUGAUAGACCUUUUACAAAAUCCAUUUGCACUAAUGAAUGCUUUCUUAGGGUAUAUGACUUAAUAUUUGUUACUGUGUACACUGCUGUUUUGGAAUGUUCAGAAAUAAAGACUAUUUCAGC